AUGGCAGUCCAACAUCAGCCUUCGCUGGUUGCGCCCCCGGUGGCCGUGCCAGUCGUGCCAGCCGUGCCGGCGGCCCAUGGGCUGCACGUGCCGGGCACGUUGCCUUCGCCAUCCAGCGGGCAAAGCUGGAAGGUCGCUCAGCUCGCCAGCAUCGGCGCGGGCGCAGUAGCGCUCCGGCGCCGAUGGCAAUCCCGGAGCCGGCGGAGUCUGCGCGCCACGUCCGCGGUGGAGAAGGAAACGCCUUGGCUCGAAAUUGCUGGUGCAGUGGGCUUGGCAUUGCUGGACAUUUUCAAAGGGCCACCAGAAGAGUCUACGGAUGCUUCUGCACCGGGCCUAAAGGAGAUGGGCAAACCAGUGAUGGAGGCCUUGGCGACUUGCACUGUGCAGGAUGUCCGCAGUGGCGAGACUCUGGAAGCAUCCUCCUUGCUGGCUUCCGGCUCAACUCGGGGUAUUUUCUUCUUGACCCACUGGGGAGACUUCAAUUCCUGGGAAGUUGCUCAGCAAGUUCGAACAGCUAUUCAGGCGAAGCGUAUCGACAUGUCCUCUAUUUGCCUCGUGGGCAUUGGCUCCAAGACCUCUGGCGCGAAAUUCGCAGAGAUGUUGGAACUGCCGCCAGAGCUGAAAAUCUUCACGGAUGUUAGUGGGAGCUGCUACUCUGCUUUGUGCUUUAGCCGUGGCGCAUUGCCCCAAUACUCGGAGCAGCUCAAUCCAUACCUGCGAGUUUUCCUGAUGCUCCUGGGGGUUGGGUCUCCUGGAACCAUUCGCACGGUGCUGGGUGGCUACUUCGGGGACCGGUCGCUCCCGGCCAGCUCUACCGCGUGGAUCGAUGAUGCCUUGCGGCAAGGGGCUAAGAAGGGCCGCUGGCCAACUUCUGUGCCCGACAUGCUCGGUGAUUGGAAGAUGUUGGAUCUGGCAGAGGUGGGUAACGGCGUUUGGGACGAUGGCUUUGGUAAAGACGGGCUACGUCCCUUUGAGUUGGCCACCAUCCGCUUGCAGAACAUGGUUGGAGGCAUUAUUGCCAAUUGGAGUGAUUUGGCACCUGAAGAUAGCGAGCUUCUGGUGCAACAAGGAGGAGUUGUGACAACCAAGAAGGGGGAAGUGAACUACUACUACCGAGACAAGGGUAUUCUCACCUACGUGCCCAUGGAGGAUGCCAUCAAAGCACUCCAAUGA